UGGAGGAAAUCUGUGACACUGAGAGGGUGGAAUUAGUGUUUUCCUCUGUCCAAAUCCUUGCUACGUUUUGUUCCUGAGGAAAAUGGGAUUCUGACUGCCUGAUGGUCGAUGGGAUGGUUUCCCAGUUAGGAGACCAGGCUGAGAAGUUGUGGCGGAGAGAGGAAGGAGGAACUGGGAAAUAUCCACCUCCUGGUUUACAUGCACUGCUGGAGCUCUAUUUGCUAGAAGGCGUUGAAGAAAUCUACAAACAUGCCAUUACAAUUUACUUGCUGCUAGACAUCAUACAUUCCUUUCCAAAUAAAACAGGAACUUCAAUCGACUCCUUCACAGCUGCCUUUGCCAUCCCUUGGAGUCUUGUUAAGUUUAUUCAAGGUUUUUGGCUUCUAGACCACAAGGACUAUGAAAACUCCCUGGCCCUGCUGGUUGAACCAACUGCAACCAAACCUGUGUCGUGGCAAGACGUGCGAAUUCUUCAGUCCCUCAUGUGCCAAGGAGAGCAUAGGCGAGCCCUCAGAUACACACAGGUUAUGAAGCUAUCGGUCUCCAGCUGUAGCGAAGUGCGGCUUUUCCUCACUGUGCUGUUGUCCAAUAGGUGCAUGGUGGAGGCUUGGGGUCUGCUGCAGGAACACACCACUAAGUUAAAGGUGGAAGAGCUAUUAAAAGACAUGUAUGACAUCUGUCAGGGGAUGGGACUAGUGGAAGACUUCCUGAAGCUGCCUUUCACAGAUGCCCAACAAAAGUGUUUGGAGAAAUUUUUACAGAAUCAUGCAAUUCUUUUAGUCCAGCAUCUGCAGCGUGCCAACUGUGUGCCAGCACUACAGCUGAACCAGGCGAUGAACGUUCAUCUCAUGCUAAGUGUAAAAGUUCUGCCAAGUGUGCCAGUUUCUCUCAGGGGUUACUAACCGGUUUUACCAGUACUCAAUAAGAAUCCUGCUUUCUUUAUCACACCAUUCUUUGAAAUACUUGGAAUAAGCCUCUAUACCUUACAUUACAGCUGAACCUAAAAGUUGAACAAAAGACGUCACUACUCCAAAGCUACCCUUUGAAGUUGGAAAUUCAAUGUUACAGGCUGUUGUUGACUCCACUUCAAAUUGUUUGUUUGUGUCUGAGGAUUAA